AUGGCGAAUCCCAAUAUUGAGGAAAUCUUUGUCGUCUUCAGACAACGGAUAAUCAGAAAACCUGAGAUUACUGGUAUCAUCAAUUUGAAGUCAGGAACCCCGAAAAAAGCUGCUGCACCAUGUCUUCAGUUUUCCCUUGUUCUCUUUAAUGCGCGUAGUCUUGCAAUUCAACUCACUGAGCUCCACCAUCUUUUGUCACUCAGUGAGUCCCAUGCGGUGUUUAUCACUGAGACCUGGUUUGAUGAGAAGAUCAUCGAUUCGGAGAUCAAUUCUGUGUCGCCUUAUGAAGCUAUCAGAAGAGAUAGAGGAAGUAAGGGAGGUGGCGAGCUUUGUGUGCACUUACAAGACGAUAUCGAUGUCGAAGAGGUACUUUAA